AUGAAGCUACUCUCUCCAAUCCAACCACCGGAUCCUCGUAUCGUACUCGCACAUGGAGAUCGUUUUACCAUUGAGGAAGAUGACAGAAUCCGUAAGAACUGGCUCAAAAUUACACGGAGAUACGGAUUCAUCUAUGAGGACGCUCGCAUUUAUGUGGGAUAUGUUGGUAGCCUGGAGUCGGUAAAAGAACAAAGGCGUCAGAAUGAUCUGCUUAUCAAAAUAGCAAUGUGGCCACAACUAUGUCGAAAAUUGGAAUGGCGAAGUGCAGCACAGAUCCAGCGACGAAUGAUGAUCAUUUUUGAUCCCUAUUAUAUCGGAGGUCCUUCACCAUUGUCACAGGAGACAGUUCUACGCAUUCAUGAACUUGCUCUUCGUGGUAAAACUCGAUAUCAAAUUGCUGAGUCCUUGGGCAUAUCGAAAAAACGAGUUGAUAACGCUUUUACCCACCAAAAGCACCGAUUGGAGCGUCUUGGUUGGACUGCGAAGGACGUCGCCCAAGACCCAACCAUGUUGGAACGAAAUUGUCUCCCGAGGGAUAGAUACUACAGGCUAUUUGAGGUCGUUGUAUCCAAGUCUUCGUUAUCUGAGUCAAAAGUUGCCGAGUAUCUUCGGUCUUGUCCAUCGGACCUCAAGUCCAUCCCUGCUAAUUUCAACUGGAAUGAACUUAUUCCGUUGUUUCGACCGCUGCAAGCUCCCGAGAUCAAACAUGAGUGGCGGAGCAUUUUGAAACAGCUGAGCAAGUUAUACCUCGCCUACCUUGAGUCAUUUGACGAAAACCAAGCAUGGGCCUGUGCGAAAGCUGAGGUCAUGCCAGAAAGGCGAUUUUCGAUCUCUGAUUUAAUACAUUACACAAAAGCUCUGAGGAAGUGCACUGAUAAAGAUGCUAACACACUCCGUUCUCAGUUCAUAGAUAAAGGGAAGCUCGUGAAAAAACUAGCUGCCAAAGGCAUNCUGAGCAAGUUAUACCUCGCCUACCUUGAGUCAUUUGACGAAAACCAAGCAUGGGCCUGUGCGAAAGCUGAGGUCAUGCCAGAACAGCGAUUUUCGAUCUCUGAUUUAAUACAUUACACAAAAGCUCUGAGGAAGUGCACUGAUAAAGAUGCUAACACACUCCGUUCUCAGUUCAUAGAUAAAGGGAAGCUCGUGAAAAAACUAGCUGCCAAAGGCAUAGUUGAUGUUGGAAGUUAUAACUUGAAUACCUGUCCGUUGUACAAGAGGAUCUCAAAUUUUUUACGACAACGAAAUUCAGAAGUCUUUCGACAACUGCGAUUUCCGUUAACCGCUCGAGAUAUGCUACGCAUCCUCGAGUCAUGUUAUAGGCGUUUGAUUUCACGAGCGGACGAUGCUGCUUCUAAUCCUCGAACAUCCUUGCCCAAGAUCACAAUGCACCUUCUGAUCGAGUGUAUCAUCGACAGAAUGCAUCAAAUCGAUUCCUCCUGGCAGGCACCUGUGAUUUUCCAGCCAUGGGUAGUUUAUUCAGCACCUUUUUUUGUUGUUAUCCAUGAUGAAAUCGACGUGGGCCGUAGUUCUGAGAAGCAAAAACGCCUCAAUUCGACGUCCACUACUUCAUCGGAUCGUUCCGGUGCUGAUGCCACUAUGGAGCCGAGUGUAUUUGAAGAACGUACUUCGCAAGCUCCUCCUCCUAGUCUGACUCCGCCCACAAUGGAAAUGUCCGAGGGAUUGUUCGAAUCAGAUCAAAAUCGAGAAUCGCCGUACAAUAUUUUCGAGGAUAGAGUUGAUGAGACGAUCCUAGCCGGAAAUGUGCUAACACAAAAUGAAAACGUACGAAGUGAAGGUUUGGGUGUUUCUCCAUCAAAACCAAACAGCCCUCCGCUUCAAACAACCAACGUUCCUAUUGAUAUUUUCGAUUCUCCUGAACCUUCACCUAAACGUCGUGGGGUUCACUGGGAGGAUGAGGAAGAUUCGUUUAGCGUUCUGAAAAUUUCUGCACCAACUCGGUCAGUCUUCACAAAAACGCUGGGUCAUAAUAAUGAACGAGAUAUCGAAGAAUCGUACGAGGGUUGGAUGCAGUUCCUCGCCUAG